AUGGAGGACAAACAGUUUGUAAAUAAAUACAUAAUUAUAAUUUAGAGUUUAGAGAUAGCUAAGAAAUUUUAGAUAUUUUUUGCUCAUAUGGAUUAAUUUUGCUAAUAAUUUUUGAAAGGAUAACAUAUGAUUGAAAUUCGUAAUGAUAAAUCUGAACAAAAAAAAGAACGAGAUCCUAAUGCUCCUAAGAGACCUCUAACAGCUUUCUUCUUAUUUAGUUAGAAGUAUCGUGAAAAAGUAUUGGAAAGAAAUCCAGGUAUUGAUUUGAAUAAUAAUUAAUUAGAAGUAAAAUUGACUCAAAUUUCAUAAAUGGCUGGAUAAAAAUGGAAUUCUAUGAGUGAGGAAGAGAAACAAGUAAAAAAUUCUUAUUAUAUUUUAGCCUUACAUUGAUUAAUAUAAUGAAGCAAAAAGUAAAUAUGAGAACGAUAUAAAAGAUUAUAACAAUAAAAAUGGUAUAAUAAUGAAUGAUAAAAAGAGAAAGAAAUCUGAAAAAGUACUUAAAAUAAUUAGAAUUUUAGUUUGAUGAUAAAUCUGUAAAAUCAGGAAAAGAUUAUCAUUUUGAUGAUAUAGAGUCUGAAUCAAUAUAACCAGUUGUAAAACAUCAACAACAACUCAAAUAAUAAUCAGAAAAGAACUAGAUUAAUUAAAACAUAAAUUCUGAUGAAGAUGAACAAAUAUAACAAUAAAAAUAAACUAAAUCAUAAUCAUAAAAAGUUAAAAAUACAAAAUCAAAAAUAAAUAAUAAUGAUAUAUAAAAGGAAAGUAUUUAAGUAAAUGAUAAUUAGAAAUCAAAAAAAAAAUAAACAAAAAAAUGA